GGCCGAGCCGCACAGCAGGAUGCUGGCCGUCGCAUCCAGAACCCGCGACAAAUCGGCCACCACCAUCCUCUCCCUUGCCAUGCCAUUCCUCCUCACCACCGCUACCGCCACCAGCACCACCAGCCCCCGCCCUCUCUUCCCCUCCUCCCCUCGCCGUCAAAACCCUACCACCCACCUCCGCCCCCCGCCUCCAGCCCGCCGCCUCCCCGGCUUCCCCGCCGCCGCGCCGGGCGCCUUCCUCCCCCGCCCGCCGAGGCUAGGCAUGGCGUCGCUGGCGGCGACGGCGGCCGUGGCCGCCCCCGCGGAGGUGACGCACCUCACGCAGCGCGACGCGGCGGAGAUCGACGAGCAGCUCAUGGGCCCGCUCGGCUUCAGCGUCGACCAGCUCAUGGAGCUCGCUGGGUUGAGCGUCGCAGCGGCCGUUGCGGAGGUUUACAAGUUGAGUGAACAUACAAGGGUCCUUAUUAUCUGUGGUCCAGGGAAUAAUGGUGGUGAUGGUCUGGUAGCUGCUCGUCAUCUUUAUCACUUUGGAUAUAGGCCCUCUGUUUGCUACCCAAAGCGUACACCCAAGCCUCUGUAUUCUGGUCUCGUCACUCAGCUUGAAUCACUGUCGAUCCCAUUCAUACCUGCUGAAGACCUACCUGAUGACUUAUCAAGGGAAUUUGAUAUUAUUGUUGAUGCAAUGUUUGGUUUCUCGUUCCAUGGAACACCUAGAUCACCCUUUGACGAUCUUAUCCAAAGGCUUAUUUCAUUGAGUGUUAUUGGAAACUCAGUUAAAAAACCAGCAAUUGUUUCUGUUGAUAUCCCUUCUGGAUGGCAUGUUGAAGAGGGAGAUGUUGAUGGAGGAGGGAUUAAACCUGAUAUGCUGGUGUCACUGACUGCCCCGAAGCUCUGUGCAAAAAAAUUCACUGGCCCGCACCAUUUUCUUGGGGGUAGGUUUGUUCCCCCACCUAUUUUGAACAAAUAUGGACUUAAGCUUCCUCCAUACCAUGGCACAUCGAUGUGCGUGAGAAUUGGAAAAGCUCCAUCUGUUGACAUUUCAUCUCUCAGGGAGAACUAUAUUUCCCCAGAACUUCUUGAGAGUCAAGUUAUGCCUGAUCCAUUUGAUCAGUUCCUUAGAUGGUUUGAUGAAGCAGUCACGGCUGGCCUGCGUGAGCCCAAUGCUAUGGCUUUAACAACUGUCAACAAGGAGGGAAAACCUUCUUCAAGAAUGGUUCUUUUAAAGGGAGUUGAUAAGCAGAGUUUUGUUUGGUACACAAAUUAUGGCAGCCGGAAGGCCCAUGACUUAUCUGAAAAUCCUAAUGCAGCACUCCUUUUCUAUUGGAAUGAGAUGAACCGUCAGGUAAGAGUUGAAGGAUCAGUUGAGAAGGUUCCAGAAGAAGAAUCAGAGAAAUAUUUCCACAGCCGCCCACGAGGAAGUCAGCUUGGUGCCAUAGUCAGCAAGCAGAGUACCGUCAUUGCUGGAAGGGAUGUCCUUCAACAGGCGUACAAGGAAUUGGAGCACAAAUAUUCUGAUGGUAGCUUGAUUCCAAAACCUGAAUACUGGGGUGGCUACAGAUUGACACCAACACUAUUUGAGUUCUGGCAAGGCCAACAGUCUCGGUUGCAUGACCGGCUACAAUACUCACAGCGAGAAGUAGAUGGGAGUACAACGUGGGACAUCGAGAGGUUGUCCCCUUGACUAUUAACCUGCCAGCGCUUUGGUUGUAGGCUUCCAUCUUAUCACCAGCACUCAAAUCUUCUCCAGCUGCAAGAUGUGCGAAUUGCCCCAUGAUGUCAGCAUUGCGAUUAGGUCCCGUGUUUGGGUGCCCCAAGCUCUGUUUACAUGCCAGCUUCAUGAUUAGGUCCCUUGUUUGUCAUUGUGUUGUUUUUUUUGGGGCGGGGGGGGGGGGGGGGGGGGGGUGAACUGAAUGAGUGGAUGUGCUUUUGUAAAGCCAGCCAUUCUUUCUUUAACCCAUUUCAUUUUGUUUAUUUUCUUUUGUAGAAAUGGUAUUCGUCCAACCAGGUAUGAUCUCAUCGACGGUCGUGAUACAUUGUUUGUACCGGAAUAAUGGUCUUGAGGGUGGCCUUGUCGAUGAAUAAAGCUGACGUCAUGAAAACAUUUUACACAA